AUAUUCAGUCUCAUAGAUGGAGCAGGUUCCUUCAGAGAAAUCAGAAUCCUUUGCAUCCAUGUUGAGACGCUCUCCUUUAAUUCAGAUGGGACCUGCCAAAGAUAAAAUUGCCAUUGGCCGAAUAUUCCAUGUUGUAGAAGAUGAUCUUUAUAUAGAUUUUGGUGGCAAGUUUCACUGUGUGUGCAAAAGACCAGAAGUAGAUGGAAAGCCUCUACGGAGCUUACUGACUAUUAUGCAAGAAGCAAGGGUAGGCCCUAUUCACUUCAGUGGGACUCUGCAUUACACAGUAAAUCACAUCAGAGGAGAGUUGCAGGUCACAGCGGAGUGGAAGUCUUGCUAAUUAGUUAGGCACUGAAUGGUCAUUUAAUCCAUGCCAGUUGUGUGCACAAGAAUAAUGUGUUACUUUGAACACCUCACUGGAGCAUUUCUCGAGCUUCUAACUCUAUCCUUGCCUAUUGAGUGACAGUGGAGUGGCGAUGCUAGUGUUGGCUUUGUGUGUGCCGGACUGGCAGGUACCAUUAUGGACCUGUUCUGCACUGUUUGAGCAGGUUUUGGUUAU